AUGAUUGAGUACGUCAAGAAUCUGGCAUAUAGACAAAGAGAAAUACAGUUUGAUGAGUUAAUCAUAACAGUUCCUGCUUUCUUCGAUAAUAUUCAAAAGAAUGAGGUUUUGAAGGCAGCAACAGCUGCAGGAAUUUGUAAUGAAGAUAAUAUAAAGAUUGUAUGUGAACCUGUAGCAGCUGCAUUGGAUUAUGGUGUAGUGGCUGGAGAGAAAAAUUGCAGAAUCAUGGUCGUAGAUAUUGGAGGUGGUACCACGGAUAUAUGUGUUAUGGAUAUCAAUAACAAGAAUUACUCUGUGAAGUCAACUCAUGGAGACAAUCACUUAGGAGGAGAUGAUAUUACCAACACAUUCUGUGAGUAUAUUUUUAGAAAAUAUGAAGAAGUCUUUUACAAGCCACUAAUUACUGCGCCUUGUAUGAGUAAUGUUCUUCAAGUUUGCCUCAAGCAAUUGAAAGAUAAAGCCGAGGAGGCGAUGAAACUGUUUGCUAGAGAGGAUCGUGUAACAAUUUAUAAUUUGGGCGUUAUUAAUUCCAAUAUUACCGCUGCUAGUGACUUUUCCAGCGAUGAUGAUUAUAUCACAAUUAAUUACCAAGAGUUUCGUGACCUGGUGAAACCUUAUGUUGAUCGAAUUGUGAACUUAACAAGUCGAACACUUUAG